AUGACAGGUCCCAUCCACACCUACGGCCCAUCAUGCCUUCUUGCCGAAGACGAGCCCGAUCUAUCUACUUGGCACUCUUCAGACAGCGCUCCAAAAGUUCGUCCACAGUUCUUUUACACGUCCUCGUUGCCAAUCGAUGAUCCCUUAACUGCCCUGCCGCCUCCUUCAGGCGGUCAAGAUUCGGGAAACGAAAGAGCUCCACCACAACCCUUUUCGGUCAAAGACAAUAUCGUGCUGGAAGAGACAUGGCUAUCCUUACUACGAGCCGGAAAGCAGAAGGUAUCUUCGGGGAAAAGAUCGCUGGAGGGUUCUGCGGUCUUGUCAAAGAAAGGAGUCACCGUCCCCGGACACAAGUCUGUUCCACGAGACCGCAGAAGGCCGACAGGAACCCUUGGUGAUACAAGCCUGGCUGGCAGUGAAAGGAGCCAUGCAAGCUUCCCCGAUUUCUCCCUCGAGGAACGAGCACCACCGAACUUCGGAACACGAUCUAGCCUUGAGUCCGGCAGUGUAGAAGCAGACAACAAAGACUUGGGGGAAAGGGUACGCCCUCGCUCUACGUUGGAUAAUGCCCUGAAAGCUGCCGAUGCGUCCAGUCCGCUUAGUUAUCGGAAACGAGACCCGUCUCCAAACAAUAGUCCCAGAGCUACCAGACGCAGGACCAACGAGUCACCGCAAAGUGAAGAUACGGCUAUCGAGGGGAUAGAAAGCGGAAGUUUACGCGGAUGCUCUUCACGCGACGGAAGUAUAAGUGGCUCUCCAUUCGCGAGGGCACCCUCGACCCAACCGCAAAGCCUGUUAGGACGCUCGGUGGAUUCUAUUGCAUCGAAGGAUGGCAACCCGACGCUUCAACCCGAAGCCUCAGCCAGUGUUUCUAGUCACGUAGCUCCGAAACCAUCUGGGCUCAGAAUUAGUGCCCAUCCAGACGAGUCACCGGAUAGUCUAGAAGAGGAUGAAGAAUCAACAAAGAACGAGGCAGCUCAGACGAAGAUCCCCGUCGGCGUAUCCCGUCUUCACUUGGUGGAACUGCCCAAUCUGAAGAUGAAACCGAUAUACUGGAGUCCUCUACAUGACAUAUCGAGCGUUCUCCGCGCAACGUGGUUCUACAAGAAUACUAUGCUACCGGUGGAAACAGACCUGGCCAAUAAACUCGAAGACGGCUACGUGUAUUUGAAACCAUGGACUGAAACCUGGCAGGAUGAGCUCAACAGUUGCGUAGAGAAUGGAGCGGAUGCAGAGAUAAAGAUUGUACACAGGUUGUGGUCCAAGGAAGAUUCAAAAUCUCAACCCGCAUCUACCACGGCUCAUGCUCAGAGUACGUCAACUUCUCGUCCUGUAACAUCAGAAGCACAGGAAAAUGACAAAUCCGAUGACACCAAAUUUGAUGAGAAUCGAGCUGCCGGUGGAACAGCUGUCCAUUCUGAAGCCGUCAAGCCUUUCAUUCACUCAAGCGUCAUCUACGUUGACGGAAAGGAUGCACAGGUUCUUCGGCCCAGCCUGCUUCCCUCGGUGGCUAGAGGAAGAAGGCCACUUAGUUCGAUUCGCAAGGGGCGACAAAUAGGGAUCCCUGUAAUUCGAGGUUUCAGUAGACGACUCUGGGAACAGCUACACCCGUCUAAGCCCAAUCCGGUUGAUGUCAGAAACUAUCUCCGAAGCACUCAAUCUCGCACUAUGACCAGGGCGAGCGGCGGCCGGCAAGUCUGCUAUGCCUGUGCAAUGGAGGAGUCACGGCCUUCUCCCACAGACCUGAUACUUGUCGUGCAUGGGAUAGGGCAAAAGCUUUCAGAGCGCAUGGAGAGCUUCCAUUUCACACAUGCUAUCAAUGCAUUCCGUAGGAAUGUCAACAUGGAGCUAAACAGCGAGCCGGUCUGGCCACACGUACGGCAAGACCAUGGCGGAAUCAUGGUUCUCCCUGUUAACUGGCGUUCUACGUUGUCUUUGGAUGAUGCCACUCUCGAGUCGCAAGCAGCUGACGACCCUACCGCCAAUCACUUUACGCUGAAAGAUAUCACACCAGACACGAUACCCGCGGUCAGAUCACUCAUUAGUGAUGUCAUGCUUGAUAUUCCGUAUUACUUGUCUCAUCACAAGCCGAAAAUGGUUCAAGCUGUCGUGAAAGAAGCCAACCGUGUCUAUCGACUCUGGUGUAAGAACAAUCCCGGGUUUCAACAUAAUGGCCGGGUGCAUUUGCUGGCACAUUCUCUUGGAAGUGCGAUGGCACUAGAUAUUCUCAGUCACCAGCCAACCACGAUACCUGACUUUGAUUUUCCCAAGACUCCUCUUCAUGGAGACAUCUUUGAAUUCGAUACGAAGAAUCUCUUCAUCUGUGGGAGUCCGGCAGGAUUCUUCCUUCUUCUCAACAAAGCGAAUCUUUUACCUCGGCGUGGUAGGGAUAAACCUGGCUGUGAAGGAGAAGACCGUCUUCGAGGAGUUGCCGGGGAGGCUGAGACAUACGGGUGUCUAGCUGUAGACAACCUCUACAACAUAAUGCAUACUACAGACCCAAUUGCAUACCGUGUCAACGCCGCCGUCGACACCGACUUAGCUAAUUCCUUAAGAACCGCCUCCAUCCCCAGCUCCUCCGCUUCAUUCUGGCAAUCUUUCGGCAGCGUCUUUCGCUGGAGCUCACCUCCUUCCUUCAUGUCCUCUACAGCCACUCCCUCCCGGCCCGCCGCCGUCGCCAAACUCCCUUCCAACGUGGAGCUAGAAACACACGACUUUACUCGCGAAGAAAUCGCUGAGAAACGCAUGGCUCUGCUCAACGACAACGGCCAGAUCGAUUACUUUCUCUCCGGCGGCAGUGGGCCGCUGAACAUCCAGUACUUGAACAUGCUGAGUGCGCAUAGCAGCUACUGGACGCUCACCGACUUCGUCCGCUUCCUCGUCAUUGAAAUUGCCCGGAAACAGGGCAAGGAUGCCACGCUACCCGCGCUACGGGCUGAGAAGAAGGGGUGGAAAUAUCAUAAAGGCUGA